GGGGUAACGAGACCGAGACUUCAAACUGUGCUGUGUAUAUAUCAGGAGCUGAGGAGUGUCCCAAGUCCUGCUUGUGAUAGAGAUCUGGUGCAGCAGUCACCAUGACCUCCACCGUGUCUCUGUGUGUGCUGGCCACAGCGCUGAUGAUGAUGAUGGGCUCUAGUCUGGGACUGGACCCUUGCCAAGACUACACUGAGCUGGAUGAUGCGUGGAGGGCUGCCAACAACACCAUACAUGACAACGCCGCCAUCGUGAAGUGUGACCAGCACAUCAGCUGGCAAGGCUGGUACCGCAUGUACUACGGAGGGACCGAUGCCCACAUGCCAGAGUACUGCGUGAGGAUGAACCGCUGUGGUACCCAUGCUCCUCUCUGGAUCAACGGGACCCACCCCCGAGUCGGCGAGGGGAUUGUGACCCGUCAGGUCUGUGGCCACUGGAAGUGGGGAGCACCCAACGAAGACGACUGCUGCAAGUUUUCAAACCCACCUGUUCGGAUCAAAGCCUGUCCUGGAAAUUACUAUGUGUAUGAGUUUACGGCACCAACACAAUGCUCUGUGGCUUACUGUACAGAUGUUGGAGACAUUGCAUUAAACAUGAUUGCGCCACAACCAACUGUUGGACCAACACUACAUCCAACGAGUUACCCUUCAAGUGCCCAUUUUUACCCAUUUGGUCAAGGGGAUUCCGACAUCAGUCGAAAUGAUGAUGGUUUGAGUACAGUCGCCAUUGCACAAACAUUUCUCUAUUUCAAGCAGACAAUAUCCACGAUACACGUUAGCAGCAAUGGAUUCCUCACAUUUGAGAAUGCAUGGACAGGAUGGAGUCCAUAUAAAUUUCCUGCAUAUGCUCACCGCAACAUCAUUGCACCCCUCUGGACUGACAUUGAUAACUCGCGCAGAGGCACCAUAUCCUACCGCGAGUACACCAGUGGCAGUGUCCUGCAGCAAGCCACCACAGACAUCAACCAAUACUUCCCUGAUAUUAACUUCUCCGCUAGCUGGGUCUUCGUUGCUACAUGGGACAAAGUGGAAUACUACGAACACUCCGGAACGGAAACAUCAUUUCAGGUCGUGCUGAUCGCAGGGGGUCAACGCUCAUUUGCACUAAUGAAUUACGGAGCACUGGCCUCAACGCGUCAUCAUGUGCAGGCUGGCUAUGACACAAUCAACUCUGUACAUCAUUUCUCAAUCCCCGGCUCCUUCAUGAAAAACUUCACAAAUUUACCGCAUACUAGCAAUGUCAACACGCCAGGUCGUUGGGCAUUCCAGAUCGAUGAUGGACCUCAAGGCUGCCAAUUUCAUGGUUCUACAGUGCAGGUAGGAGACUCCUUCUGGACAGAUGCUACAUGUCAGCAAAAAUGCACGUGUGCCAGUAAAGGAGUCCUUCAGUGCCAGCAGCAGUCCUGCUCCUUCUCUCAAGCGUGCAAACCUGCAGCAUUCCAAUACUCCUGCCAGAAUAUUCAGAGACAGACCUGCACCAUCUCCGGUGACCCGCACUACUACACCUUUGACAGGAAACUCUUUCAUUUCCAGGGCACCUGCACCUAUGUGUUGUCAGAGGCAUGUGGCAAUGGACUGCCUUAUUAUCGAAUUGAGGGUAAGAAUGAACAUCGAGGAAGCACACGUGUGGCAUGGACCCGCCUUGUGAGGGUGUGGGCGUAUGGUGAAGAGAUUGAACUUGUCAAAGGAGACCGUUAUAAAGCCAUGGUCAAUGGGACAUUUGUAACAACCCCAUUCAGUCUAAAAGAUGGAGCCAUCAGAGUCUACCAGUCAGGACGGUCUAUAGCUGUUAGUACAGACUUUGGACUGCUAGUCACCUAUGAUGCCUCCCACUAUGUCGCAAUCUCAGUUCCCUAUGAGUACCAGAACGGGACAUGUGGUCUCUGUGGCAACUUCAACCAUAAGUCUAACGAUGAAUUCCGGACGCCCAGUGGCCAGCUUGUCAGCUCGGACGUGGAGUUUGCCAACAGCUGGAAGGCGGAAGGGGACACUGACCCUGGCUGCCAUGCCGUGCGCUGUGCCGGACUAGCAUGUGCUGUCUGCACCUCAAGCCAAAGGCAGCUGUAUGGGAAUACUGCUCACUGUGGAAUCCUCAGCAACAAUGCUGGCCCCUUUGCUGCCUGUCACUCAAGCCUACCUCCACAGACCUUUGAGGAGAACUGUGUGUAUGAUCUCUGUGUGGGAGGUGGUUACCAGCCCAUCCUCUGCCAAGCCCUCAAUGUGUAUGCUGCCCAGUGCCAACAGGAGGGCAUCCAGUUGGGUCAGUGGAGAAAUGAAGGAUUCUGUGAAAUCCCUUGUUCAGCCAACAGUCAUUUUGAGUCUGAAGGAACAGGGUGUCCUGCUACUUGCAGCAACCCCAAUGCCCCCCAGAACUGCCCACUGCCCAACCAGGAGAGCUGCAUCUGUGAUUCAGGCUACGUCCUAAGUGCAGGGGACUGUGUUCGGCAGAGUGACUGUGGCUGCACAUUUGAAGGGCGGUACUACAGGGCUGGGGAAACUGUGGUGCUAGACCAAGACUGUGGAAGGCGUUGCACCUGCAGUCUUGGGUCAAUGACUUGCCAAGCACACGGCUGUGGAGAUCUGGAGAAGUGUGCAGUCCAUGAAGGCAUGAGGGGCUGCAGACCCGUUAGCUAUGAAACCUGCUGGGUGAAGAGUUACGAGUCAUACAGCACAUUUGAUAAAAAGACAUUCCACUACCCGGGGGCCUGCAGUCUGACACUGGCAAGAGUCAGAGGACAGUCACAACUGACACACUUUCAAGUUACAGUUGAGAAAGUUCCUAGAGGCCAGAGAGACUUUGUUAGAAACCUGAAGUUUGAAACAGAAGGGACGCAAGUUUCUGUGGAGAUGGGCGAUGGAGCCACAACAAAGGUGGAUGGACAAACAGUUGGCAUUCCUUUCAGUGUCAGCUCAGGCCAUAUUCGCAUCUACCACAGCAGUGUCAAAGGUGUUGUCAUAGAAACUGACUUUGGUGUGCUGGUGAGAGCCGACUGGCCACAUGUCAUCCGCAUCACUGCUCCUGGUAACUACAAUGGCACGCUAGGAGGACUGUGUGGAAAUCUGAAUGGCUACCCCGACGAUGACUUCUUCUCUCCAACUGGUGUUCAGCUGAACAGCUCACAGCAGUUUGGAGACAGCUGGAGAGACGGCUCCCUCUCAGCACACUGUGUAGAACCCCAAGUGUGGGAACCAGGACACUACCAGAACACUACACAUUACAGGGAACUCUGUGCCAUCAUGGGAUCCGCCGAUGGACCUUUUGGCCAGUGUCAAGCAAGUCUUGACCCCCGGGCACGGAUUGAAGAUUGUGUUCAGGAACUUGUGAGGAUGCAAGGCUCUCAAGAAGCACUCUGUGAAGCUUUGCGUGGAUACACUCUGCUUUGCCAACAGACUGGUAUUAUAGUAGGGGAAUGGAGGAACCUGACCAACUGUGAGGUAACCUGCCCUCUAAACAGCCAUUACGAGAUAUGUGGAACGUCCUGCCCAGCUUCCUGCCCCAGCUUGUCUUUCCCCUUCAUGUGCAAUCAGCAGUGCCAGGAGGGCUGCCAGUGUGAUGAUGGCUUCCUCUUGAGUGGGGAUCGCUGUGUGCCUCCCACAGGCUGUGGCUGCCACCAUGGCGGACGCUACAGACAGAGUGGAGAGCGCUACUGGUAUGGUGAAGAGUGCCAGCAAAUCUGCCAUUGUAAUGGCCUGACUGGUCAGUCCCAUUGCACUGCCUCUUCCUGCAGUGAACAGGAGUCCUGUCGCACCGUGGAUGGCAAGUUUGGUUGUCAUCCUAAACCUGAAGCCACCUGCAGGGCCUCUGGAGACCCUCACUACACCUCCUUUGACAGGCGGAAAUUCGACUUCCAGGGCACAUGCCGUUAUGUCCUGGCAUCUGUCUGUAAUGGAAGCCAGGGUCUACCACAUUUCCAGGUGGAGGCCCGCAAUGAGGCAUGGAACGGUCGACAGGUCUCCAUUACUGUGGCAGUUUACGUCAAUGUGUCUGGGCAUCAGGUCUACAUCUCAAAAUACCAUCCGGGCACUGUACAAGUAAAUGGGGAGACAAGAAACCUACCAGUCCUCCUUGAUCAUGGCAAAGUAUCGGUCUAUGGCAAUGGUCUCCACACAUUCGUGACAACAGACUUUGGCCUGACUGUCAGUUACGAUGGCCGCUGGGUGUUGGAUAUCACAGUGCCAUCUAACUACAGUGGAGCCACCUGUGGCCUGUGUGGCAAUUUCAACGGCCUCCAGGCUGAUGACUUCACUGUCCAGAAUCAGGUUUCAGGCUCUCAAGUCCUCUCUGCCUCUGACUUUGGGAACUACUGGAAGGUUGACGAUGGCAUCCCCUGUACUGGAGGAUGUGGAAAGUCCUGCCCAGUAUGCCAUGAUGACCAGAGAGCCCGUGCCAUGUGUGAACUACUCAGAGCUGGCACUGGACCACUGAGCUUCUGCCAUGCGCAUGUGGAUCCCCAGACAUUCUUCAAUGACUGUGUCUUUGAUGUUUGCCUUUCUGGAAACAGAGACGAUGUCUCCUGUCGAGCAAUGGAGGCCUACGUCAGUGCAUGUCAAGCAGCAAACGUUAUCAUCUACCCCUGGAGACAAAACUCCUCCUGCCAAAUGGAGUGUCCAGAUAACAGCCACUAUGACCUGUGUGGCACUGAGUGUGGCCACACCUGUGCUAGCAGCAUUGAUGCCAGCUGUGACAGAACCUGUGCUGAAGGCUGCUUCUGUGAUGAAGGGUUUGUGAGGAGUGGGGGGCGUUGUGUUCCAGCGGAGCAGUGUGGCUGUCUGUAUGAUGGCCUCUACUUUGAGAUUGGAGAAACCUUCUGGUCUGCAGACUGCUCUCAUCACUGUAAAUGUUUUGCCCAAAACGACCUCCGCUGCACCCAGUCCUCCUGCCCUCCCUCUCAGAAGUGCUCUGUCAAAGAUGGUCGACGUGGUUGCUAUGGUCAGCUGUCAACCUGCACUGUCUGGGGAGACCCUCACUACAGCACAUUUGAUGGGGCUGUGGCUCACUUUCAGGGAACCUGUUCGUAUGAGAUAAGUCACACUUGUGGCAACAUCAGUCAGGAUGCCUUGGCCUUCCGUGUAGUUGCAGCCAACAGUCACCGUGGUAACCAGGUGGUGUCAUUUGUGUCCACGGUGGACAUGUGGCUCUCUAGAGGAGGAGUAGAAAGGCACAUCACCAUUGGCCAGAACAAGAGAGUCAAGGUUGAUGGCCAUGCUAACAAUUCGAAGAGCAUUCAGAUUGGCUCCCUUGCAAAGUUGACACGAGACUCUGGAUUUGUGGUGGUGAAUGCCUCAGGGGAGCUGGUGGUGCAGUUUGAUGGUCGCAGUAGACUCCUGGUCAGACUCAACCCUGGUUUCCACCAAUCAGUUUGUGGGAUGUGUGGGAAUAACAAUGGAAACCCAGCAGACGACAAGGUUCUGCCCGACGGCAGUCUGGCACAGACUGAUACACAGUUUGGUCAGAGUUGGAAAUCCGACGUCAGCAGUCCUGGAUGUGGUGCCAGUGACCAGAUCGGUGAUGACGCGUGUCUCUUGAGAGAAGAAUACACAGAGCUCUGCAGCAUCAUCAGCAACAGCAGCGGGCCAUUCCAACGAUGCCACCUGCAUGUUGACCCUCAAGCCUACAUCACUUCCUGUGUGUACGAUCUCUGUGCCUACACGCCAGCCAAUGGCAUGCUGUGCUCAGCAGUGGAGGCUUACGAGACAGCCUGCAGUGUGCUGGGGCUGCAAACACCAGAAUGGCGCUCUGCACUUCACUGCUCUGCAGCUGACCCCUGUGAGGAUCUGGACUGUACUGAGGAUGAGUGGUGUGGCCAGAAAGAUGGAGUCUACGGCUGCUUCUGCAAUGAGGACCACGCCAGACCUAAGUGCUUUGACUCUAUGGAGCAGUGUUCCAGCAGCACAGGAACCAUGUCUCUGUCUCGCUGCCAGCUGUUUGAGGCCGGCUUCUCAGCAGACGCCCUUCACCUCAACGACCCCAACUGCAAUGGCACACUCAAAGAUGGCCGACUGGAGUUCUCCUUCAACAAUGACGACCACAUCUGUGGCACGUCUGUCAGGAGCAACAGCACUCACUUCAUCUAUGAGAACUCGAUCCAGGGGGAGUCCAACUCUGCCAGUGGCCCCAUCAGCAGAGAGCGACAGAUACACCUGAAUUUCAGCUGUGCCUACCCCCUCACUCAGACCCUCUCCAUGAACGUGGACAUCAACCCUCUGGACAGUGUUGUGUGCAAGACGUUGCCAGGAGGGGAAGGAACCUACCGAGUGCGCAUGAUUCCCUUUGUGGAUGCCGGCUUCUCCCAUGCCUACUCAGGGAAGGUGAAUGUGGUGCUGGACCAGAGGCUCUAUAUGGAGGUGCGGGUGGAAGGGGUGGACAGUCGCCAGAUCGCCACGGUGGUUGACUCCUGCUGGGCCACUCCUGUCAAUCAGCCGAACUACCACAUCCGCUGGGACCUGGUCAAGAACGAGUGUCCCAACCCGAAUGACAACACAGUGGAGCUGCUUCAGAAUGGGGUCAGCACAGCAGGUCGUUUCUCCUUCAGGAUGUUCACCUUCACAGCUGAUGCCUCCAAGGUCUACCUGCACUGCAACAUCCACCUGUGCUUAGUGGCAAACAACGACUGCACAGCUCACUGUUCCCCGGAUCUCCCCGUGAGGCAGCGGCGUUCUGUUGAUUUCCAUGACACUGCUGCCAUCUCAAUGGGGCCGCUGGUUUGGGGCGCUGAUGCAGCAGGAACACCAAUGCCAACUGCACCAGCAACUGAAGAGCCAUCAACUGACACACCCUUCGCGCCAACACCAGCACCAGCCACCAAUCCACCACCAACUACUCCACCACCACCCCCAGCCACCAAUCCACCAACUACUCCACCACCACCCCCAGCCACCAAUCCACCACUAAGCACCCCACCACCACCUCCAGCCACCAAUCUACCAACUACCCCACCACCACCCCCAGCCACCAAUCCACCAACUACCCCACCACCACCCCCAGCCACCAAUCCACCAACUGCUCCACCCCCACCCCCAGCCACCAAUCCACCAACUACUCCACCACCACCCCCAGCCACCAAUCUACCAACUACCCCACCACCACCCCCAGUCUCCAAUCCACUACUAAGCACCCCACCCGCAGCCUCCAAUCCAACUCCCACACCAACCACCCCUGCCCCAACCGGCAUCCCACCCGGAAUACAAACAACAACCACUCCCACUACACCAGCUUUAUCCACUACCACACCACCAACAAACACCACCACCACACAGUCAACAACAACACCAGGGAUUGACCCUUGUCAUUCGUACACUGUGCUGGAUGAUGAAUGGAGGGCUGCAAAUAACACAAUCCAUGAAGACCCCAACAACUGGAGGUGUGAUGGCUAUUGGGAUGGCUUGAAUGGCUUGAAUGGCUAUUAUGGUAGUAAUGUCUGGUACCGCAUGUACUACAGAGGGACCGAUGCCCACAUGCCAGAGUACUGCGUGGGGAUGUACCGCUGUGGUACCCAUGCUCCUCUCUGGCUCAAUGGAAACCACUCCCACGUCGGAGAGGGGAUUGUGACCCGUCAGGUCUGUGGUCACUGGAAGCAGAGAUUACCUAAUGAGAGUGACUGCUGCAAGUUUUCAUACAAUAUUCGAAUCAAAGCAUGUCCAGGAAACUACUAUGUGUAUGAACUUCACAGUCCAUACAGAUGCUCUUUGGCUUACUGUACAGAUGUUGGUGACAGUGCUCUAAACAUGAACACAACUCUUGGACCAGCACUAAAUCCAAAUACAACAGCUGUAUUUUACCCCUUCGGAGCACAGGACAUAAUGAAUCAACGUGCACUUGAUGGAUAUUCUCCUGCAAUCAACCUACUUGAACCAUUCACUUUUUUUGGACAAACACACAACCAGAUAUUUGUGAACAACAACGGUGACCUCACCUUUGACAGUGGCUUUUACAGAUGGUACCCUUACAGAUUCCCAGGAUACGGGCAGAGAGAUCUGAUUGCCCCAUUCUGGACCGACAUGGACAAUAGACUAGGAGGCACCGUAUCCUACCGCCAGUACACCAGUGGCAGUGUCUUGCAGCAAGCCACCGCAGACAUCAACCAGUACUUCCCUGCCAUUAGCUUCUCCGCUACCUGGGUCUUUGCUGCUACAUGGGACAGAGUCCCCUACUAUUCUGGAUCAAAAACUGAGGCAUCAUUCCAAGUGGUUCUGGUCUCAGGUGGACAAUACACGUUCGUCAUUAUGAACUACGGUUUCAUUUCCCGAUCUCGCUGGAAUUACCAGGCUGGCUAUGACACUAUCAACUCCCCAUAUCAUUUUUCAAUUCCUGGAUCGUUUACAAAGAAUGUGAACUUGUUCAACACAAGCAAUGUUGAUGUACCUGGACGGUGGGUAUUCAGAACAGAUCACGGUUCAAGGGGUUGUCAUUUCAAUGGGUUACCAGUGCAGGUAGGAGACUCCUUCUGGACAGAUGCCACGUGUCAGCAAAGAUGCACGUGUGCCAAUCUAGGAGUCCUUCAAUGCCAGCAGGAGUCCUGCUCCUUCUCGCAAGCAUGCAGACCAGCAACCUUCCAAUACUCCUGCCAGAAUAUUCAGAGACGCACCUGCACCAUCUCUGGUGACCCGCACUACUACACAUUUGAUAGGAAGCUCUUUCAUUUCCAGGGCACCUGCACCUAUGUUCUGUCAGAGGCAUGUGGCAAUGGAAACCCAUACUAUCGUGUUGAGGGAAAGAAUGAACAUCGGGGCAGCACUCAUGUGUCUUGGACUCGUCUCGUGAGAGUCUUUCUGUAUGAUCAGGAAAUUGAACUUGUCAAGGGCCAUCCAUACCAAGCCAUGGUAAAUGGGACAUUUGUUACAACUCCAUUUAGUCUCAGAAAUGGGUCAAUCAGAGUCUACCAGUCUGGGUUCUCUUUAGCUGUAAGUACAGACUUUGGACUACUAGUCACCUAUGAUGCCUACCACUAUGUCACAAUCUCAGUUCCCUACGAGUACCAGAAUGAGACAUGUGGUCUCUGUGGCAACUUCAACCACCAUCCUCAUGAUGACUUCCGGACGAGCAGUGGCCAGCUUGUCAGCUCGGACGUGGAGUUUGCCAACAGCUGGAAGGCGGCAGGGGACACUGACCCUGGCUGCCAUGCCGUGCGCUGUGCCGGACUAGCAUGUGCUGCCUGCACCUGGAGCCAAAGGCAGCUGUACGGCAACACUGCCCACUGUGGAAUCCUCAGCAACAAUGUUGGCCCUUUUGCUGCCUGUCACUCAAGCCUACCCCCACAGAACUUUGAGGAGAACUGUGUGUAUGAUCUGUGUGUGGGUGGUGGUUACCAGCCCAUCCUCUGCCAAGCCCUCAACGUGUAUGCUGCCCAGUGCCAACAGGAGGGAAUACAAUUGGGUUCGUGGAGAAGCGAGGGAUUCUGUGAAAUUCCUUGUCCAGCCAACAGUCAUUAUGAGUCUGAAGGAACAGGGUGUCCUGCUAGUUGCAGCAACCCCAAUGCCCCCCAGAACUGCCCACUGCCCAACCAGGAGAGCUGCAUCUGUGAUUCAGGCUACGUCCUAAGUGCUGGAGAGUGUGUUCGGCAGAGUGACUGUGGCUGCACAUUCGAAGGGCGGUACUACAGAGCUGGGGAAACUGUGGUGCUAGACCAAGACUGUGGAAGGCGUUGCACCUGCAGUCAUGGGUCAAUGACUUGCCAAGCACACGGCUGUGGGGAUCUGGAGAAGUGUGCAGUCCAUGAGGGCGUGAGGGGCUGCAGACCUGUAAGCUACGAAACCUGUUGGGUGGAGGGUUAUGAUUCAUACCGCACAUUUGAUGGAAAGAUAUUCCACUACCCAGGUGCCUGCAGUCUGACACUGGCAAGAGUCAGAGGACAGUCACAACUGACACACUUUCAAGUUACAGUUGAGAAAGUUCCUAGAGGCCUCAGAGACUUCAUGAGAAACCUGAAAUUUGAAACAGAAGGGACACAAGUUUCUGUGGAGAUGGGGGAUGGAGCCACAACAAAGGUGGAUGGACAAACAGUUGGCAUUCCUUUCAGUGUCAACUCAGGUCAUAUUCGCAUAUACCACAGCAGUGUCAAAGGUGUUGUCAUAGAGACCGAUUUUGGUGUGCUGGUGAGAGCCGACUGGCCACAUGUCAUCCGCAUCACUGCUCCUGGCAACUACAAUGGCACGCUAGGGGGACUGUGUGGAAAUCUGAAUAACUACCCUGAUGAUGACUUCUUCUCUCCAACUGGUGUUCCAAUGAACAGCUCACAGCAGUUUGGGGACAGCUGGAGAGACGGCUCCCUUUCAGCACACUGUGUAGAACCUCCAGCCUGGGAACCAGGACACUACCAGAACACUACACAUUUCAGGGAGCUCUGUGGCAUCAUGGGAUCUGCCAAUGGACCUUUUGGUCAGUGUCAAGCAAGUCUUGAUCCCUUAAUGCGGAUUGAGGACUGUGCCCAGGAACUUGAGAGGACACAAGGGGCUCGAGAAGCACUCUGUGAAGCUUUGCGUGGAUACACUCUGCUUUGCCAACAGAAUGGUAUCAUAAUAGGGGAAUGGAGGAACCUCACCAACUGUGCCGCAACUUGCCCUCUAAACAGCCAUUACGAGAUCUGUGGAACGUCCUGCCCAGCUUCUUGCCCGAGCCUGACUUUCCCCUUCCUGUGCAAUCAGCAGUGCCAGGAGGGCUGCCAGUGUGAUGAUGGCUUCCUCUUGAGUGGGGAUCGCUGUGUGCCUCCCACAGGCUGUGGCUGCCACCAUGGUGGACGCUACAGACAGAGUGGAGAGAGCUACUGGCAUGGUGAAGAGUGCCAGCAAAUCUGCCACUGUAAUGGCCUGACUGGACAGUCCCAUUGCACUGCCUCUUCCUGCAGUGAACAGGAGUCCUGUCGGAUUGUGGACGGCCAGUUUGGUUGCCAUCCUAAACCUGAAGCCACCUGCAGCGCCUCUGGAGACCCUCACUACACCUCCUUUGACAGGCGAACCUUCGACUUCCAGGGCACAUGCCGUUAUGUCCUGGCAUCUGUCUGCAAUGGAAGCCAGGGUCUACCACACUUCCAAGUGGAGGCCCGCAAUGAGGCAUGGAACGGUCUGCAGGUCUCCAUUACUGUGGCAGUGUACGUCAAUGUGUCUGGACAUCAGGUCUACAUCUCAAAAUACCAUCCGGGAACUGUACAAGUAAAUGGAGAGACAAGAAACCUACCAGUCCUGCUUGAUCAGGGUAAGGUAUCAGUCUAUGGCAAUGGUCUCCACACAUUUGUGGCAACAGACUUUGGCCUGACUGUCAGUUACGAUGGCCGCUGGGUGUUGGACAUCACAGUGCCAUCUAACUACAGUGGAGCCACCUGUGGCCUGUGUGGCAAUUUCAACGGCCUCCAGGCUGAUGACUUCACUGUCCAGAAUCAGGUUUCAGGCUCUCAAGUCCUCUCCACCUCUGACUUUGGGAACUACUGGAAGGUUGAUGAUGACAUACCCUGUACUGGAGGAUGUGGAAACUCCUGCCCAGUAUGCCAUGAUGACCGGAGAGCCCGUGUCAAGUGUGAACUACUCAGAGCUAGCAAUGGACCACUGAGCUUCUGCCAUGCACAUGUGGAUCCCCAGACAUUCUUCAAUGACUGCGUUUUUGACGUUUGCCUUUCUGGAAACAGAGACGAUGUCUUCUGUCGAGCAAUGGAGGCCUAUGUCAGUGCAUGUCAAACAGCAAACGUGAUCAUCUACCCCUGGAGGCAAAACUCCACCUGCCAAAUGGAGUGUCCAGAGAACAGCCACUAUGACCUGUGUGGCACGGAUUGUGGCCACACCUGUGCUAGCAGCAUUGAUGCCAGCUGUGACAGAACCUGUGCUGAGGGCUGCUUCUGUGAUGAAGGGUUUGAGAGGAGUGGGGGGCGUUGUGUUCCAGUGGAGCAGUGUGGUUGUCUCUAUGAUGGUCUCUACUUUGAGAUUGGAGAAACUUUCUGGACUGAAGACUGCUCUCAGCGCUGUGAAUGUGUUGCCCAAAAAGACCUCCGUUGCACACAGUCCUCUUGCCACCCAGCUCAGGAGUGUUCAGUCAAAGAUGGCCGACGUGGUUGUUAUGGUCAGCUGUCAACCUGCACCGUCUGGGGAGACCCUCACUACAUCACAUUUGAUGGAGCUGUGGCUCACUUUCAGGGCACCUGUUCGUAUGAGAUAAGUCACACCUGUGGCAACAUCAGUCAGGAUGCCUUAGCCUUCCGAGUGGUAGCUGCUAACAGUCACCGUGGCAACCUGGUUGUGUCAUUUGUGUCCACUGUGGACAUGUGGCUCUCUAGAGGAGGAGUAGAAAGGCACAUCACUAUUGGCCAGAACAGGAGAGUCAAGAUUGAUGGUCAACAGAACAAUGCAAACAGCAUUCAGAUUGGCUCCCUUGCACAGUUGACACGAGACUCUGGAUUUGUGGUGGUGAACGCCUCAGGGGAGCUGGUGGUGCAGUUCGAUGGGCGCAGUAGACUCCUGGUCAGACUCAACCCUGGUUUCCACCAAUCAGUGUGUGGGAUGUGUGGGAAUCACAAUGGCGACCCAGCAGACGACAAGGUUCUGCCCAACGGAAAUCUGGCACAGACUGACACACAGUUUGGUCAGAGUUGGAAAUCAGACGUCAGUAGCCCUGGAUGUGGUGCCAGUGACCGGAUCGGUGAUGACGUUUGUCUCUUCAGAGAAGAAUACACAGAGCUCUGUAGCAUCAUCAGCAACAGCAGCGGGCCAUUCCAGCCAUGCCACCUGCAUGUUGACCCUCAAGCCUACAUCACUUCCUGUGUGUAUGAUCUCUGUGCCUACACGCCAGCCAAUGGCAUGCUGUGCUCAGCAGUGGAGGCUUAUGAGACAGCCUGCAGUGUGCUGGGAUUUCAAACCCCAGAAUGGCGCUCUGCACUUCAUUGCUCUGCAUCAGACCCCUGUGAGGAUCUGGACUGUACUGAGGAUGAGUGGUGUGGCCAGAAAGAUGGACUCUACGGCUGCUUCUGCAAUGAGGACCACGCCAGACCUCCGUCCUUUAACUCUAUGGAGCAGUGUUCCAGCAGCACAGGAACCAUGUCUCUGUCUCGCUGCCAGCUGUUUGAGGCCGGCUUCUCAGCAGACGCCCUCCACCUCAACGACCCCAGCUGCAAUGGCACGCUCCAAGAUGGUCGACUUGAGUUCUUCUUCAACAAUGACAACCACAUCUGUGGCACGUCUCUCACGAGCAACAUCACCCACUUCAUCUAUGAGAACACGAUCAAGGGGGAGUCCAACUCUGCCAGUGGCCCCAUCAGCAGAGAGAGACAGAUAGACCUGAGUUUCAGCUGUGCCUACCCCCUCACUCAGACCCUCUCCAUGAACGUGGACAUCAACCCACUGGAGAGAAUUGUGACACAGACGUUGCCAGGAGGGGCAGGAACCUACCGAGUGCGAAUGAUUCCCUUUGUGGAUGCCGGCUUCUCCCAUGCCUACUCAGGGAAGGUGAAUGUGGUGGUGGACCAGAGGCUCUAUGUGGAGGUGCGGGUGGAAGGGGUGGACAGUCGCCAGAUCGCCACGGUGAUUGACUCCUGCUGGGCCACUCCUGUCAAUCAACCGUACUACCACAUCCGCUGGGACCUGGUCAAGAACGAGUGUCCCAACCCCAAUGACAACACAGUGGAGCUGCUUCAGAAUGGGGUCAGCACAGCAGGUCGUUUCUCCUUCCGGAUGUUCACCUUCACAGCUGAUUCCUCCAAGGUCUACCUGCACUGCAACAUCCACCUGUGCUUGAUGGCAGACACCGACUGCACAGCUCACUGUUACCCGGGUUACCCCGUGAGGCAUCAGCGUUCUGUUGAUUUCCAUGACAGUGCUGCCAUCUCACUGGGGCCGCUGGUUUGGGACGUUGAUGCAGCAGAUGGGAAAGCCAUGAGAUCUCCCCGCCUUGUCCGGGCGUCUAAAGCCCCGGGUCUGACUCCAUCUCUCAUGGUGCUGUUCCUGUCUGUCCUGAGUCUAAAGACUCUCCUCAUGUAACUAUCUCUCACUCUCUCUCUCUCUCUCUCUCUCUCUCUCUCUCUCUCUCUCUCUCUCUCUCUCUCUCCCAAACACACACACACAUCACUAUACAACCACAUUGAUCUUAACACUCAUGCAGGCAUAAUACAAUUACUUUCCAAAAUAUAUUACAAGAAACCAAUUCCACCGACAACAUCUUCAUCCUGCUUCAGCCAAUGCUUUCCUUGCCUAUUUGCAUUAGAGAUGUGAUAUGUGCUGUAUCUUGUAUGUGAAAGGUGCUGUGCCUGCCAUUCACUAUAUUAAAACUAUAUUAUUCACUAUAGUAACAAUAUACCUGAUGUAAUCAUCUGGGAAAGUCUUGCAUUAUCUCUAUAGCUUUACCAUCUGUAUUUGGGAAUAUGACUUCACCAUACAUUUUUUGUUUCAGCAUUAUAGUUGAUCCAUAUUUGGUACAGGUUAGGGUUCAUUAAAUGGUUGUGGGUUUUUUUCUUUUGAGAGACAUACUUUAUCAUUAAUCUGGAUUAUGGUCCUGUGGGGAUUUUGUUGUAUUUCAUUUGGGUGUGUACUGUAUUGUCAUUUGGCUCUGUACUGUACUGCACCAAUAAACACUACUAACUACCAAUCCUCUCCAUUGAUUUGUUU